AUGUUCGGCAAUUCAUCGAAACCGUUAUUUGGUGCUGCGACAACGACAACCACUGCAUCAAGCACCGGCUUUUCGUUUGGCGCAUCGACGACAACAGCGGCGGGUGGUGGAAGCAUAUUCGGCGGUAGUGCGGCGGCGCCAGCGGGAAGCACAUUCAGUUUUGGUAGUUCCGGUGCGAAUGCUGGCGGUGGGUCGAGCUUGUUCGGCUCAACAAAUACAUCUACAACGCAAGCAGGCGCGUUCGGUUCCGGUAGUCUAUUUGGAAACACUGGAGCCUCAACAACUAAACCUGGAACUGGUGGAGGAUUGUUCGGCUCUUCGGCGACCACAACAACAACGGCAGCGACCGGUGGAUUAUUUGGAUCAACUCCGGCAGCCGCUGCAACCACAACUAACAAUACUGGUGGAUUGUUUGGAUCAAGUACGCCCGCAACCACAACCGCGACCACUGGAUUGUUUGGCUCGACAGCCGCGCCGGCCGCUCCAACAGCAACGGGAAGCCUGUUUGGAUCGAGCACUACACCGGCUACGGGCAGUUUAUUCGGAUCCACUAACACUGCAACCACUGGAGGAUUGUUUGGAUCAACAGCCGCUCCAGCAACCACUACCACAGCAGCUGCAGGAAGUCUAUUCGGAUCGAAUGCUCCAGCGACGACCACUCCGGCUACUGGCGGUUUGUUUGGAUCCACUGCCCCUGUGACCACCGGAGGAUUGUUUGGAUCAACUGCGGCAACGACUACAGCUAGUUCAACUCCGAGCUUAUUCGGAAAUGUGGCCGCUCCGGCAGCAGCUCCGAACGCCUCGACGCUUUUCGGUGCUGCUCCAGCAACUACCACAACAGCAGCUUCUGCGGGUUCGCUUUUCGGUGCUGCUCCAGCGACUACCACCGUUGCGGCUCCUGCGGGUUCGCUUUUCGGUGCUGCUCCAGCGACUACCACCGCUGCAGCUCCUGCGGGUUCGCUUUUCGGUGCUGCUCCAGCGACUACCACAACAGCAGCUCCUGCGGGUUCGCUUUUCGGUGCUGCUCCAGCGACUACCAACGCUGCGGCUCCUGCGGCUUCGCUUUUCGGUGCAGCUCCAGCAACUACCACCGCUGCGGCUCCUACUACUGGAACACUUUUUGGAACGAUGCCUACCACCACCGCAACCGCCGCCGGAGCGCUUUUCAGCGCUACACCAGCAACAACGACGACUGUAGCAACCGCCACGUUUGGAACAGGAUCGUUGACGAGCGGAACAUCGCUGUUUGGUUCAACAGCGACUACAACUGCCGCAACAGCAUCAGGCGGAUUAUUCGGAGCCGCUACUACCACAACGACAGCGGCGACGACGACAAGUGCAACGCCGACAUUGUUUGGAACGACGACUACCGCUACGACAGGGCUAACCAGCACCCCGAAACUCACUUCCGGCAGUCUUGGCGCACCAUUUGCAAAAACUACAGACGCUCUUCCAUCGUCUACCUUGACCUCUACACCAUUGUCUAAAGGAACUGGAUGGACUGCCAACACUUUGGGAGGAUUGAAAACAACGGCAACGCCGUCAUCGUUGAAAAUCGCCGCUGGUGGAAGCGAUACACUUUCCGAAGAGGAGAUAAAAGCUGGAAUCGCUGGAAAUGAUCCGAAAGCGUUCUAUGUCGCUGUUCAGGAGGUAGUGAACAGCUAUCACGCCGAAAUUGUCAAGCAAGAACGGGCAUUCCAAAGCAAAAUGCUCGAAUUGAACACAUAUGAUCGUGAAUUGAUCUCGUUGGAGCCAAAAGUGCUUGGACUUUAUAAUGACAUGGGAGAGCUCGCUGAGAAUUGCAAGCGCUUAAAUUUCAAUAUCGGAUCGAUGUCGUCGGUGUUGACCGAUGUUGAGGCAUCUGUAGCUGAGCUCGAGAAGAAGCUCAAUCUUCCUGAAUGGACGAAUCUCGAGUAUAAGUUCCCGUUGGAUAGUAGAUUUGCCAGCCGGCACGAUGUGCAGAGGGUGCAAAUUGCUCAAAUGAUGCUCAAUGUUGACGCGCAGAUGAAAUCGGCGGAUUACGAUUUGGAUCAGAUUUUGGAAGCUCUGAAAAAUUUGCAAACGUCGGCGUUGAAGAAUAAACAAGAUGUGCCGCUCGAGAAAACCGAAUUGAUAUUGAAAAAGCAUUUGGAGAAGCUUAUCGAUUUGGCGGCGCAAAAUGCUGAGAUCACCGAAAAACUUCAAAAAAUCAAAGAAUCGAAUCGAACGAAAUUGGGAAAUUCGAGUGGCUGA